AUGAAGAUGGUCAUCUUGAUUCUGAUUUUAACAAUAUUGAAUACAUAGGCUUAAACAUCAUUAAGAGGCAAGAAUAAAAUUGGUAUGAGUGGCCUUUAUUAAGACUAGAGUAGAACGAGGAAUAAUCGUUUUUGCCGAAUGAUUAUGUAUCAGAACUAAAAGAAUACUCAUUGUUUGUUCAAUUAACAAAGCCUUUCUAUGAGACUGCACCUAUGGAUGUUAUGCUACUUAAUCAUGAGAUGGAAAUAGCUCGAAUGAUGGGUAAUUCUGGAGUAACAAUGAUGAAUUAUGUGCUUGAAGAGUCACCUUUCCGUCCUGCUUGGUGAGAAAAUUAAAUGGCAUUAUGUGAUGAUUCCUAUUCAUUAUGGAAUUAACAACCUAAAAUUACC